AUGGCGACGGGCGUCAGGGUCCCGGCGACCCCUCCGCCAAGUCACCCCAUUCCGCAGCUGCAAGGCCCAUUCGAAGAGUCCAUCGCCGAGGUGAGCCCCGACGUCGCCGCACAGUGGAUUGUACAGGUGGAUGCGCAAACCCGCCGGCGGGAUCUGCUCGAAAAUGAUGAAUAUGAACGACUCUGUGGAAGGAAAUGGCGCCAACGAGCCUCGGAAAAGUACCAUCCCCUCUGGAAGCUGGUCUCCCAGAUGGUCUUUGGCGUACAUUUACUGGCCAGACAACAAGCCAAGUCUCCCGUCACGGUCAUGCGCAUUCUCCAGGGGCACGUGGACGAGAUGGAUGGUUUCCUCCAACGGACGACCGAGGACUUUUUGAUCAUCCACCUGGACGUGCGCACGCGGAUUCAGUACCUGAGUCUGCCACUCGGCAAUCUGGCCGUCUUCGAUGAAAUGCUGGAUGACCGACACUUUCGACUCGCACUGAUCUCCUACAAUGACCAGAUUGAACACGCCGUCGAGCGAUUCACCCUGGCCAUCAUCGAUGCGCUCAAGGACCUGCACAAGGGGAAAGAAGCGGUGGCGAUCUUCUCACAUUAUCUCCAAGAGAUCACCAAUGACGGCUGUUUUGAAGCGGACAAUCUGCGGACCUUCGCUCGCACCAUGCUGGAAAACAUGGACGGCUGGAUUGGGACCCUUGCCAAGCUUCAUCGACAGGGACAGGCCCUGCAGCAGGCUCUCGGUCAGCUUGCCUUUACGAUUAUGGAAAUGCAACGCCGGGUGGGAGUGGCCAGCCGAAAGGAGUUGCGCUCAAGGAUCAAUGCCAACGGGAGCAUGUCUACGCGAUCCAAGUCUGUUCGUCGAAAACUCUUCUCCAGAGGCUCCGGGCCGGGCACUCCUGGACGAAAAUCAUCCGACAAGCCGCUCCCGGUUGACCCGCUCACAGAGCUGGAUGCUCGACCGGCCUCGAGGUGGGAUGAUCGAUUCAGCGUCCAUCCCGGCCAGAUCAACUCCCCCGGGUCCUACCCAUCCCGAGCACACAGCACGACCCCCCAGGUUCUCAAUCGCGCCAGGUCGUGCACUGCCUUGGCUGGCGAUGUCAGCAGUAGCACGGGUGGACCACGUCCACCGUCGCGGUCCGCCUCGCGACUGUCCAGAGCAUUUUCCUUUUCUCGGCCAUUUCUCUCCAAGCGAACUUUCGACGACCCACCCUCCAAUGUCGCUGCGAAUACGAGCACCAACGCCACCAUCAACCUGGACCACCGACCCUCGACCGCACCCGGUCUCCAGACAAUUCAUCAACCACCAAGCACCUCUUUUGACCGGCCAAAAUCACGAUGGAUGCCCAGUCGACCACGCACCCAGCAAUCCAUUCGUCCCGCGCGGUCAGCAUCUGUCGCUGCGACAUCGGCACCGGCGAUGGCAUCACCGUCGCCACUGCGCCAGCAACAAACCGCCGGCCACGCACAACCCCCUUUACAAGAGCCCCUUCGCCACGACGGGGAACCUGUGGCCAAUGUCGAAAACAUGAAAGACCAAAUCUCCCACUUUCUCAAAACGGACCGUGUCGUUGAAGCCUGGGACAAUAUCGCCAAGACGGCAAAUUGCUGUGGAGCAUCCCUGGCAAAGACCAAGCAAUGGCCCAGUAGCGUCUUUCGGGCCAAGUCGCCUUCAGCCUCCGAGGCCCGGGCACCGGGUCAGAGGCCACAGACCGCACAGACAGAUGUCACCACCAACGCGAGCGCGAGCGCGCCCGCGACGACCAAACCCUGCAAAACCAAGCAUCGAUCCAGUUCCCUUUCCGGGUUCAGAUCGAGAUCGAGGUCCAAAUCUAGACCCGCAGCGACGACCGCCCCAGCACCAACGACGACGACCACCACCACGAACACGCCAAGAAAGACAGAAACAACUCCGGCGGCAGCAGCGGACCAUGACGGAUCAUUAUCUUGGACGCAACUACCCGAGCCGCAACUCAACACCUUUUCGUUCAAGCGGAGACCCUCGGCGUCGCCACGGAUUCACGUCUUGUCCAUUGCCAUUGAUGAAGAGCUAGAGAAGAGUUUUUCGGAGAAUAGUCAGACGCCAAAUCUGAGUCAGACACACCGUCCGGGUCAUCGUCGUGGGCUGGGUCGUGCUCGCACGCGGCAUCAGGGAAGUAUGAGUCGGAGCACGAGUCUCAGUGUCAAUCUCAGCGUCAGCACGAGUACAGGGUCGAGCGUGAGCGGGAGCGUGAGUGCCAGCGCCAGCAUGAGCAUGGAGCGGGCAAGUGACGCGGGAUCUCACGCCGAGACGGGAUCGAGCAUUACCGCAUUGCCCGCGGUGCCCGCACCGAGACUCAGGACGCCUGUAAGUGCACCUCCAGCUUCGGCCGGGGGAUGGAGUGUCUUUCCGGCUGUGAGUGGAUAA